UCUCCAAUCCAGGAUCCUCUGCUGAUAUCUUCUAUAUAAGAGAAUUCUCCUGGAUGACCCAUCAACCAUGGAGAGAGACAGGAACAAGAUGGCCGACAGGAUCAUAAACCUCACCCUACAGAUACUCUUCCGGCUUACUGGAGAGGAUUACACAGUAGUGAAGAAGUCCUCUAGUGGACGCUGUCGGGCCCCUGUGUGUGAAGGAUGGGGAAGAACCCUGAGCCCAAACCCGGGGCCCCCACCUCACUCCCUGAUACAUGAGGAAAUGGAUGAAAAGAAGAUCCUAGAACUCAUCAACAAGAUGAUGGAGCUGCUGACUGGAGAGGUUCCUAUAAGGUGUCAGGACGUGGCGGUCUAUUUCUCCAUGGAGGAGUGGGAGUAUGUAGAAGGACACAAGGAUCAGUACAAGGAUCAGGUCAUGAUGGAGGAUCAGCAGCCCCUCACAUCACCAGGUCUGCCACAGUACAGCUUUACUCUGCUUGAAUGACUGAAAAGAAGAAGCCUUGUGGUAUAUAGAGUGGUAGGGGUACAUACAUGGGAACAAGGAUAGAUUGACAGAGGGAAGGAGACUGGGAACAAGGAGGGGCUAUAUACAGUGAGGGAAUUAGACAUUACAGGCGACUAUAGACAGUGAUCAUUGGGUUUGUUGUGUAGUGUUAGGGACAUGCUGGACUAUGUAGUGCCAUCAGUGUUGUUGAGACAGAACACAUGGUAGAAUGAUAAGAUUGUUCCAAUAUGUCAUAUUCCGGAGAAGAUUUACGUGUAUAUAAAACCUUUUAAUAAGCAAUUAUUAGCAGUGACCCUUAGCUGCUGAAUACAGGCAGGUGCCACCAGGUAUAGAGGGGGUAGGAGUCUCGAGUAAAAACCUUAUGGGUGAUUCGAGCCCCUCCUUACCUGGUGGCUCUUGGCUGCAUUCAUCAGCUGAGGUCCGCUGCUAGUAGCUGACCCGGGGCAUUCUCUGAUGCUGGCUAUUAACCACUUAGAUGCUGCUGUCAAAGCUUAGAUCAGAAUUUAUACAGCCUUAGUAAGCGUCAUUGGUGGUGCAGUGUUCCGAAUCGGCUUCUCGCGAAGCGGUCACGCGGUUCCGAUCAAUUAUUAUGUGAGCCCGAAGCUGACUAUGGUCGGCUCUAAUGGGUCAGUGCAGUACAUACGUACUGCGCUGAUCUGUAUAAGCAAUCCAAUGACUGCUCAUAGAAGUCCCAUACAACACAGAGAAUAAAGGGUGUUAUUACAAAGUAAGAUUGGUCCCGCAAAGCACAAGCUCUCACACUGCUCUAUAGGUGGGAGAGGAGGAAAAAAAUGAAAAUGCUAAAUUUCCUGAGUUGUUAAGGGGUUAAUACUGAUAAUAAAAUCUGUUUUAUUCUCUGCAGAUUCUUGUAGCAGGAGAUCAGAGGAGAAUCUUAUAUCUUCAGAUUAUAAAGCAGAUGAUGAUAUCACACAAGAUACAUAUGAAGAACAUUCCAUUAUCCCAGAUACACCCUCAGCCCUUCACA